AUGUCCCCAGAGCUCUUUGAUACACAGAGCAGUACACCGGUCCAGACCACCUCCUGCCUCUCACCUGUCCACUCACAUCACCAUCACCGGCCACAGCACCGGCUGACACUCGUGAUUAAAGAUUGGGUUGAUCAGAUGCAGAAAGAGCUCGUCAUCCUGGCAGACACGGCCACAGCUGGGAGGAGCCUCACACAGAUUUUUCUGAGAAACCAGCACCUGUACUCUGUGGAGCAAAAUGACGCAGAGGAGCUGGUGGCCAGAGCAGCCAGGAACAUUGAGCAGCUGCUGCGGAAGAGGUCUGCUGCCUUGAAGAAACUGGCCGCGGCUGCUGAGCAAUUCCAGGUGGAUCAUACGUGGAAAGACGAGUUCGAGGAUGAAGAAAUCUCCUACUACAACUCAAAGGACAAUCUGGAUGCAAAUGAGACGGAGGGAAAAAAAUACCGGAUUCGACCAGACUUUAAAGAGGACCCGUCAUUUAGGCGUUUGACUGAUCACAACCACACGGCUGUCCACAUCCCCACCGACAUCUAUGAUGGAUCCACCAUUGUGCUGAAUGAGCUGAACUGGACGGAGGCACUGGAGGAGGUGUUUAGAAAGAACAGAGAAGAUGACCCAACUCUUCUCUGGCAGGUGUUUGGUAGUGCUACAGGCCUGGCUCGCUACUACCCAGCCUCUCCGUGGAUGGAUGCUCGUAAAACCCCCGGUAAAAUUGAUCUGUAUGACGUCCGCAGGAGGCCAUGGUACAUCCAAGGAGCCGCCUCCCCCAAAGACAUGCUAAUCCUCGUCGAUGCGAGCGGUAGUGUGUCUGGCUUGACUCUCAAACUGAUCAGGACCUCGGUCGGUGAGAUGCUGGAGACUCUGUCUGAUGACGACUAUGUCAAUGUCGUUUAUUUUAACACCAGGGUGAAGAAGACGGCGUGUUUCGAUCACCUGGUUCAGGCCAACGUGAGGAACAAGAAGCUGCUGAAGGACGCCGUGCAGAACAUCACAGCUAAAGGAAUAACAAACUACACAAAAGGCUUUGAGUUUGCUUUUGAGCAGCUCUCUGUGAAAAAUGUGACCAGAGCAAACUGCAACAAGAUCAUCAUGCUGUUUACUGAUGGAGGAGAGGAAAGAGCUCAGGCCAUACUGGAGAAAUACAAUGCUGACAAAAAGGUGAGGAUCUUCACCUUCUCUGUCGGACAACACAACUAUGACAAAGGACCCAUUCAGUGGAUGGCUUGUUCCAACAAAGGUUACUUCUAUGAGAUUCCAUCCAUUGGAGCCAUCAGAAUAAACACGCAGGAGUACCUGGAUGUCCUGGGGCGACCCAUGGUUCUGGCAGACAAGCAGGCCAAACAGAUCCAAUGGACUAAUGUGUACCUUGAUGCUCUGGAACUGGGUCUGGUCAUCACAGGGACACUCCCUGUCUUCAAUAGAACCAUGACCGUUGAUGAAAGGAAUGGCGAGCACCAGAACCAAUUGAUUCUUGGUGUGAUGGGGAUCGACGUGUCUCUGGAUGACAUCAAGAAACUCACGCCACGCUUCACUAUUGGUCCAAAUGGAUACUACUUUGCCAUUGACCCCAAUGGAUAUGUCCUGCUGCACCCAAAUCUCCAGCCAAAGAAUCCUAAAUUCCAGGAACCUGUAACUCUUGACUUCCUGGAUGCAGAGCUCGAAAAUGACAUCAAAGUGGAGAUCAGGACAAUGAUGAUCGACGGGGAGACCGGCGAGCGCACCAUUCAUACUCUGGUGAAAACUCAGGAUGAGAGAUACAUAGAUAGAGGAAUCAGGACCUACACAUGGGGACCAGUCAAUGGAACAGAUUACAGCCUGGCUCUCGCUCUGCCUAAAUACAGUGAACAUUUCAUCCAAGCUAAACUGGGGGAUGACAUGAAACAAGCUAUGUCUAUGGAGACGAUGCAGCUGGAAAGGUUUGAUGAAUUUGGUCACACCUACAUCGCUCCGAGGGAGUACUGCAAAGAGCUGAAGUUGUCACUCAACAACACCCAGUUUCUCCUCGACUUCAACCAGUACAUCGAUAGAACCACUCCAGAUGCAUGUAACGUGUCCCUUGUGAGUCGGCUGAUCCUGGACGCAGGUCUGACGGCUGAACUGGUUAAACUUUGGAAUGAGCAGAGUGUGGAUGGGAUUGUCGCCAGGUUUGUAGCAACAGAUGGAGGAAUCACGCGAGUCUACCCGCAAAGCGCUGCGGAAGAGUGGAGCGAAAAUCCUGAGACAUACGAGUCCAGUUUCUACAAAAGGACACUGGACAAUGAAAUUUAUAUUUUCACAGCUCCAUCUUUCAACACAGAGGGAAGAGAGCCUGUUUCUGAGCCAUGUAUUCUCGUGAGCAAAGCAGUGGACCUCACCAUUGACAAAGUCACACUCAAACCAGCAGUAGUAGGAGUGAAACUCAAUGUCUCGUUCUGGAUGAACACUUUCAUAAAUGCCACUCUGAAACUGAAUUGCAAGGAUGAAAUCUGUGGCUGUCUGAAGAAUGACAAGCAUGUAGACUGUGUGAUCCUGGACGAUGGAGGAUUUCUUCUCAUGUCCAAUCAGGAUGAGUACAUCUCUCUGAUAGGUCAGUUCUUUGGCGAAGUGGACCCAGUGCUGAUGAUCAACCUGGUCAACACUUCCCUUUACUCCUUUAACAAGACCUAUGACUACCAGUCCGUCUGCGACCCAGAGAAAGACAGCAAGGCUGCAGCAGGACCCCGCUCCGUCUAUGUGCCUACCAUUGCAGACUUGCUCAGUAUCGGCUGGUGGGCCUCCACUGCUGCCUGGUCGAUACUCCAGCAGCUCAUCUAUGGGCUGAUUUUCCCCAACCUUCUGGAAGCAGUGGAGUCAGCAGAUGAUGACAUACCAGACACCAUGUUUAAGGAAAGCUGUAUCACGGAGCAAACCCAGUACUUUUUUGACAAUGAUGAAAGAUCCUACUCAGGCGUCCUGGACUGUGGAAACUGUUCCAGGAUGUAUCGUGCCGAGAAGCUGCCAAACACCAACCUGGUGUUCCUGAUCACUGACGCCAAGGCGACAUGUUUGUCCUGUGACCCCAGGCCGCUACGACAGGCUGAACAACCCUCCGAAGGUCCAGAUCCAUGCGAGCUGGCUCAGAACCCGAGAUACCGCAAAGGGCCAGAUGCGUGUUUUGACAACAAUGAAAAUGAGGAUGAUUCUGAUUGCGGAGGAGGGACCUGCCUAAGCCCGUGUCUCUGGCCAAUGCUCGGGCUCCAACUGCUGCUUCUGUGGCUCUUCACGUCUUUACGACACUCAUGACCCCUACACACAUACACACACACACAUUGAUCAAGAUCUCAUUUCACAAGAGGACACUCCACUCACGUCAUCCAGGAUAUAUGCAGACAGAACUUUCUUUUCGUCCUUUUUUUGACAACCAAAAAAAGCAUUUCCAUUUGACAAUGCCAAAGGGUGCUCAUUCAUUUCCUCCUCAUUGUUUUCAAAAACAGAGACACAUCUACUGUGCUCAGCUGCACUCAUGUCCAUGAUAUAUUCCUUAAUACUCUCCUAUGGUGCAAGAGUAAGAGCUAACCAAACCCUUUAAUUCUGCCUCAUUAGUUUCUCUUGAUUUAUUUGGUGGAGGGUGAAGUGUUGUCCCACUAUGCCAACUAAAUACCAUUCAAAGACUGUAUGUUCACUGACAGCGUUGAUUUGUGUAGUUGUCAGUAUUGUUUGUUGCUUAUUAUAUCUACUGCGUAUGAAUCCUUAUGCUGUAAUGAUCAUUUAUUUCAACAAACCUGUGCAAUGACAGUAUGAAGAAUAUCCCUUUUUGUUUGAGUGUUUUUUGAAAUGUACUGUACCUACCUAUUUAUGUAUUUUCAUUUUGUUUUGUUUUCCAACAAUCAAGCAUUUUGUGACUAUAGCUAAGUGUUGUAUUGUAGCAGCAUGCGCUCAGUACAGAGCUAAAGACAACACCGGUACUCUGACACCAAAGCUCCACAAGGACCACAGAUAAACACAAACAUACUACAGAGAAUCUGCAGGCCAGUCUAUUUUAAGGGAUUACUCAGAUGUAGGUGUAUGCCAGUAUUCAAGUUUGAUUGUUAGAUAGAUGGAUAGAUAGAUAGAUAGACAGAUAGAUAGAUAGAUAGAUAGAUACCUAUCGCCCAUGUGAAUUGAGAUCUAUUAGGAAAUCACAAUUUCACGUGUGUUCGUUCUUGGUCUGACAGUUUUGGUUGUCUCCGAUUUGAUGCAUCAGAUUCCCAGUGCCUAAACAGUAACCCAAGAAGUAUUUUUGUUUGAAUGAAGCAAUGCAUCAGAGAUGUAUUCUUAUCAUGAUAUGCUUCUAUGCUAAUGCUUGCUGCAGUAUAGCAGAGUGUAGCUCUUAGAGUUAGACAUUGUGAAAUGGGUCCAAUCUGCUUCAGUUAUUCCAAUGUCAGUAGGAACAGUAGGAACAAUCAGUGAUAGUGAUUAUGUAAGAGGAAGGUCAUUUUCCCUCCACCCUCAAAACAAACCUAAACCAGACCUGAGCUCGCGUUCCAUAACUUCUUCUUUAUUAGUCCUGUUUCAGUUCCCUUUCAGGAUCACCAGACUCAGGAGCCAAGAUGACUUGUGAAUGAGAUCAGCAUAUCAAAACGACUGUUUCUUUCUUUUCCUCUCCUCCCUCUCCUCCUUAUGCUUGUUUCUUCUUUGUGUUGCUCUAUAAGUGCUGUGAAGCAGAUGCUGAAGUGCUCAGUGUCGAAACGCUGCAAUGUCAUGGGAUGAGCUUGUUCUGUGUUUGAACGCUGUCUAUGCCCACGUCAGCAUCAGGGCGUGCUGGAGAGAACUUUUAACAACACACUACUGCCUGUAGUAAUUCUGCAUAGCCUUACUUCACCACGAGUCACAAAGAUCACAAACAAGUGUUUUAGUUGUUAGUUUUUUUUUUUUAAUUUUACACAUUAAAGUUGAGUUCUCUCCACCUCGCCUUCAUGGUGACCUGCUGGUAUGGAGUGGUCAGGUUAUGCCUGUCUAUCAAAGUCGCGUGUUGACUUGUGUUUUUCCCCGGGGAUCCCGUGUCUAUGUGCAGGCAUGUGUGUGUCCCUCCGAUAUCUGAUUGUGCUUUAAUACUGUACAUGAAUUACUCUUUUGUGGAACUUGACUAGCCUGAAUAAAUUUUGUAUACAUUUGUACACUAAUACUAUUUACUGUAUAAAAGAUA